UCCUCACAGCUCUUGUGUGAAAUGUCCAAUGAAAUGCUGUUUCAUUCCCACACUCUGGGAACCGGCUGAUGACAUUUCUUCCCCGUGGUUUUUUGCGCUGUCCGCGUGGACCGAGGCUCGGCGCGCGCGGCUCUGCGCCGCAAUGUCCGCGCGUCUCGCUGUGGAGAAGCGCGUCGAGGCUUGUAACGCAUUCCAGCAGAGGGAAAGCGAGAGACGCAGCGAGAGGCGCAGCGCCAGCGUGUCUGCGUGAGAGCGCGGAGAAAUGCAUGAAUGGAUUCUUGGUCAGACCUGAGCGCCCAUUACGCGCCUGGCGAUUCGUUUCUGACCAUUAUCGGCUAUGGAGCGGAACAUCUGGGGUUAGUUCUCACGAUAUAAUCGAGGACCGGCUGUCCGCCAUCCGCUGUUCCUCAUUACGCACAGCAGACUCGCGCUUCUCCACAAAGUUUCUGCCACCAGGUGACAAAGGGAGCGAGAAUGGAUGCCGAGAGUCUUAUUAAGCACUUCCAGCGAGACCCGGAGGCCACUUUAAUGCCGCUGUCAGUCACCUCUGACUGGCUGGAGGACGGAAACGAGACCACCGGGAACCAGUUCCAGCAGCCCGACUGGCAGGUGGCUCUGUGGGCCAUCGCCUACUCCCUCAUCAUCCUGGUGUCCAUCACUGGGAAUGUCACCGUGAUCUGGAUCAUCCUCGCUCACAGACGCAUGAGGACCGUAACCAACUACUUCAUCGUCAACCUGGCCUUUUCGGACGCCUCCAUGGCUACGUUUAACACCCUCUUCAACUUCGUUUAUGCGCUUCACAACGACUGGUACUUCGGCCUGGGUUACUGCAGAUUUCAGAACUUCUUCCCCAUCAUGGCCAUGUUUUCAUCAAUAUACUCAAUGGCUGCCAUCUCAGUGGACAGGUACAUGGCCAUCAUCCACCCACUGAAGCCUCGCCUCUCCUCCACCUCCACAAAGGUGGUGAUUGCCCUGAUUUGGAUUGUCGCCUUCUCGCUGGCUUUCCCUCAGUGCUACUACAGCGUAACGACAUUUUACUACCCCAGGACGGUGUGCAUGGUCGACUGGCCGGAUGAUUACGGAGGAACCCACCAGCUAAGUUACCAGUUUGCGGUGAUAUUGCUGAUCUACUUGCUCCCCCUGCUGGUCAUGCUGGUGACCUACAGUUUAGUGGGUCGCUCGCUGUGGGGGGGCCACAUCCCCGGAGAGGCCACCGAGCAUUACCACAGCCAGAUUACAGCCAAGAGAAAGGUGGUGAAGAUGAUGGUGGUUGUGGUGGUGACCUUUGCCCUCUGCUGGCUGCCUUACCAUGUCUAUUUCAUUCUGGGGUCGUUUAACAGAGACAUUUAUAAACAGCAUUACAUUCAGCAGGUGUAUCUGGCUAUUUUCUGGUUGGCGAUGAGUUCGACUAUGUAUAAUCCGAUUAUUUACUGCUGUUUGAACCAAAGGUUUCGGGCCGGUUUCCGUCACGCUUUCUCUUGGUGUCCCCUCAUCAAAGUGUCAGAGGAGGACAAGAUGGAGCUGCAGUACGCACACACCUUCAGGGUCACGGUGACACGCAGCCGCCGCAGUGACACCUCAUACACGCACGCCUCCAUCAAAGCAAGCAGCGCCAACUCAGAGAAAGACGCGUGCUUACAGCGGAAAAAGUUCCCGUGCAGCAGUCAAAACUCCCACGCGAUCACGAAGCAGGACGACUCCAGAGCCCCGCCCUCUAAGAUGGUGGCACACGACCUCUGACCUCUGAGCAGCAUCCUGUUGAAAACACAGCAGAAAGAGCAGGAGGCGAGGAAAGAUCUGCUCAGACUCGGAAAUCUAUUGAGUGCUGUUUGUAAAGUUACAGAGUGAAAACUAAGAAUAUUUUAGUUUAUUCUGUCUGAAACAAAGGUAGUGUUAAUCAUUUCAACUUCAUAUUUUCAUCAUGUUGUUCAUACAUUUAUAAAUGUCAGAGGUCCAAACUAAAUAUUUAACCUGCAACCUGAAUAUUUAGUUCACAGGCUAAAUAUUGAGCAACCUGGAUAUUUAACUAGCAAGCUAUAGAUUAAGUUUGAAAAAUAUGAAAUUGAAAUGGUUAAAUUAGAAAUUAAAGGUUUAGUUUUUAAAAUAAAU